AUGAUAAAAGAAGUGGAGCUGGCUCCCCUGCUAUUUUUCUGUCUUGCUCACCACUUUCCACCAAUUACAUUGGCCGAAUCCCGUUGUCAUUCCGUUGUCAUCAGUCGCCACUUUAAAAAUCCCGUUGUCAUUCCGUUGUCAUCGGUCGCCACUUCAAAAAUCCCGUUGUCAUUCCGUUGUCAUCGGUCGCCACUUCAAAAAUCCCGUUGUCAUUCCGUUGUCAUCGGUCGCCACUUGAAAAAGUUUGUGGAAAUCACACUGUUUUUGCCCAAUGAAAAACGCCAAUGGCGCCGGAAGCACUAUUUCUCCGAGCACUCCUGCUGA